AUGGAAGUCUGUCUCCCAACACCUCUCCCUUUCUGCAUCUCGACCCUGACACCCUCAGCACCUCCCCCUUCUCCUUCUCCUUGUACCAUCCCACCUGGCCCUUUGUUCACGCGUGUCGGAGAUAUUAACCACGAAAUACCACAGUCCCCUUCGUCGCCUCUCAGCCGCUCCUCGUCCUUCGCCCCUGGCCCGCACCGCCGCUCCCAUCCAAACCUGCAACACCUGUCCCUGGCGCCCUUGACGCCGAAAUACCCAAUCGACCCGGCCGACUACGCUGCCUACUUCGACCCAGCGACCUCGGAGCUCCACACAUCCGCGUCCAUCUCGCACGUCGCGAGCUUGCCGUCCCCAGGCGGCAUUCUGUCAAGGAGCGGUUCCGCAGCACAGUCGCGGGUGCAGUCGCGGGCGAGUUCCCGGACACGAAUGAACCAGAAGAAGAAGAAUCGAUCCUUCGUGACGACCCAAGCCCCCUUGCCUCUCACGGAUGGUGGCACAGGCGUCGCCGCUCCCCUCUCCGGGGAGUUGACGAGUGAAGGGCUCGGCCACAAAUCCAUAUCUCGUCUGUCAAACUUGGCAAACCUCUCUGCACAACAGACGCAUAACCCCUCCGACUACUCGGGCGGACAAUCACUACACAAAUCCGAUUCGUCAUGGUUCAUCCAAACGGGCCUCGCGUUGACCGAAGGCUCAAGAGAAUCAAAGGGCCAGUCGUGGAUAUUCAAGCGCGAUUCCUCCACAUCUUUGGCAACGCCGGUCGAUGAACGACCGUCGAUGAUGAUCAGGUCUGGACGAGCGACGCCCAGCGGCAAUCUCAGCCGACGAGGCAGUUUUCAAAGACGCAGUAAGAGGUCCUUGGCUAUGACCCCGGUCCCAGCUACUACGCCAAUGAUAAAUGUGGACACGACGCCAGAUUGGGCGGACGAACAGACGCAGGCGGAGAUCGCGGCACAGAUGGACGCUGAAUUCGCGGAUGAGUUGGACGAUGGCGACCCCUAUGGCACGUUGGACUUUGAGGCCCAGUUUGAUAGUGAUGACGAGGAAGAGCUACGGAAAUCGAUCAGCGGGUAUAGAUUGGGCAGAUGGAUGGAUGGGCUUGUGGAUGUUUUUCUUCGAUUGGAAGAUGACUUUUCUGCGUCUCAAGUCGACCUUGAGGCUGCAAAGACGGGCAUCCAAGCCGAUCCGGCUCCUUCGAAUGCUCCGCCAGCAAAAGAUGCUGACCCGCCGGGGCAUAGUGUGCGAUUCGACGAUUCAGUGGAACCGCCUCCAGACAGACCUAGGGGUGUAUGGGACGACGUCGUCUGGUUUGGCCGCAUGCUGGCAAGGGCCGCGCGAUCAUAG